AUGGAAAUGGAAGAAAGCAGAAAGAGGCAAGCGGGGUAUGAUGGCGCCGGAGACGUCUUCGGGAAACGACCAAAAACGCCGUCGAACUACGAAGAAACAAUCUCCGACGAAGACGAAGACAUGAUGGCCUGGCUAAACGUCGACGAUGACACAGUGACCGAACUAUCGAAGUUCUUGGACUCAGAGAUAACGACCUCGCAGCCAUUCAAGGUCAAGUUCAUCGAGGACCCAUACUCGUCGGCUUUGAUUUUCCAGUCAUCGUCGUCGUAUAUAACCAUCAACGGAAACGAAGAGUCAUGCGGAUCGUCGUUCUCCGACUUGGAUUCGUCCGUCAUGGCAAGUAUCGAUAUGAGUGGUGUUAAGGGCGCGUUUGGGGGGUUUUCAGGGUGGUUCUCGGUGGAGGAAGCUGUCGCGUUCUCUUCAGACGCCGAAGAGGCGCGUGGUUGGAUCGAGGAUCGGGAAAAUGAGGAGGGUAGUUCGGUCAAAGGAAUCGGCAGCGGUGAUUUCUCCGGCGACUAUGAUGAUGAUUUGUUGGCGAAGUUUCUAGAUGAAGACUAG